GGGCUCCCGGGAGUCCUGGCUCGCGCGCCUCUGCGGGACUGAGUGUCAGGCACCCUGCGCCGCCGCCUGGCCGCAGCCCAGGACCCAGGCGUCUUCACCGGUGCAGGAAGCCGGAGGAGGAGCCGGCGCUUCUGGUAGGUUUGGCUUUGGUUGAUAAAAGAAUUUAGCCUAUAUGUACUGCUUUAACCACUGGAAGAAUGACAGAUGACAAAGAUGUGCUUCGAGAUGUGUGGUUUGGACGAAUUCCAACUUGCUUCACCCUGUAUCAGGAUGAGAUAACUGAACGGGAGGCAGAACCAUAUUAUUUGCUUUUGCCAAGAGUAAGUUAUUUGACGUUGGUAACUGACAAAGUGAAAAAGCACUUUCAGAAGGUUAUGAGACAAGAAGACAUUAGUGAGAUAUGGUUUGAAUAUGAAGGCACACCACUGAAAUGGCAUUAUCCAAUUGGUUUGCUAUUUGAUCUUCUUGCAUCAAGUUCAGCUCUUCCUUGGAACAUCACAGUACAUUUUAAGAGUUUUCCGGAAAAGGACCUUCUGCACUGUCCAUCUAAGGAUGCAAUUGAAGCUCAUUUUAUGUCUUGUGUGAAAGAAGCUGAUGCUUUAAAGCACAAAAGUCAAGUAAUCAAUGAAAUGCAGAAAAAAGAUCACAAGCAGCUCUGGAUGGGAUUACAAAAUGUUGUAUCGACUUGGUCCAGUCAGGAGAUAGAAACCACACAGAGGGUUAAACAGGAUAGAUUUGACCAGUUUUGGGCCAUCAAUCGGAAACUCAUGGAAUAUCCUGCAGAAGAAAAUGGAUUUCGUUACAUACCUUUUAGAAUAUAUCAGACAACAACCGAACGCCCUUUCAUUCAGAAGCUUUUUCGACCUGUGGCUGCAGAUGGACAACUGCAUACGCUGGGCGAUCUCCUCAAAGAAGUUUGUCCUUCUGCACUUGCUCCUGAAGAUAAUCCCACUUCGAAGAGACAAGGACUUGAUGUUCAAGCCUGUGCACAGAAGGUAACUUCUGGACAUGAUUAGAGAUGAUGGAAGUAUGGCUCUGACAAGGAAGAAGCAAGCGUAUUUUACUAAGGCAUCUCCCUAGUUGAUGUAGCCAGUUCGAUUAUCAUAGACCUGUUAAAAUAUAUUAAAUGUAAAAAUCUCAAGGCAAGAGGUUUGAAAGUGUUGCUGCUAGUGAAAGUUUUUCAUUGAAGACUAUGAGCAACAGAUUGCACCUUUGUUUGAAGUUUCAGCUAUUCACAAGUAACCCUGGAAGGCCCAUUUGUAACUACUGAGAGCCUGGCGCGUGGGACUGCAUCACUGGUCACUCGCCCUUUCAGUGUCAUCCUAACGCUCUCUGCUCUUUAUUGUUUUCUCUCUCUCAUAGGAUGUGUGUUUUGUGUAUAUAUGAAAAAAAGAUAGUGCCGUUCAUAGUGGGAAUUCAAAAAAAGUUCUUCAAAUGUAGCCCUUGUGAGCAAGGAUUACAAUACUCAAGUUUGGAUAGAAGCAGUUUGUUAGGCUCAGUUUAAACUUGGUAAUUAUGAUGUAUUUUCUUAAAUUUAUCAUUGUGCUGUCAAAUUCUAAACUAAAAUGAGUCCAAUUCUUUGCCUUGAUUGUUUCCUUCUCUCUUUAUCUCUGUGGUUUGUCCCGACACAUGGGCAAUCUUGAUGAUACUGAAUCUGUUAAUGACUUAAUCCAUUGACAUUAUGUCUUUUCUACAAUCAUAGAAAUAAUAAACUGAUUAUUUUUGUUAUUUUCCAUUAAAAAAGGUGAUGAGAUUACCCAACCUGUGAGAAGAUACUUCUGAUUUCUCCUCAGUUAUUGUUCUUUAUCUAAAUCUCAAGAUGUUAAGUGAAUUAAUGUGACUUUUUCCAAAGAAUAGACACUUGCACAAUUCAUAUUACAUCUUUAGCACUAGACAAAAAAAUUCUCUUAACAAAAUAAUGAACACAUACAGGCAGUUUAAGCUACACAUCUCUUCAUUAAAACAAGUCCUGUGAGACCUCAGUCUGCCCCUUUCAAACAGUGUAUUUGUUGCCUGUAUUUUAAAUAAAACGGUUAAUUCUGAACUAUUCUGUGAUGCAUACUUGACAAAUGUGAAUGAGCCCUAUUAAACCCAACUAGAAUUAGUGGCUCAUUUUAUGAAAACAGAUCAAAAACAUUUGAACCUAUAUUUUCAAAAUUUUAUUUUGCUUUUUGGGUUUUUUAAAUGAACUAGUUUUAAUUUCUAACUUUUACCACAUUUUUAUCUUAUCAGGAGGCUUUUAAUCAGUUUAUUAAAAUGGUCUUACAGUCACUUAAUACAAUUUUCUUUUUAUAAUUAUAGCUAAUUAUAUGGGAUUUUUUUUUUUUAGUUUAAAUUUUGGUUUAUGUCCUCAUUAAGAAAUACAAAGAUUACAAGCAAAAGUCAAUGAAA